GCCCAGAUCUACAGAUCUGAUUAAAAUUUCUUCUUCCAGGUCUUSAUAGAAGCUUGUCUUGGAAAGACCGGGAAGGAAUACAGAGCAUAAUGACUACUAUGGAUGAUAAGCUGCUUGGUGAGAAGCUGCAGUAUUAUUACAGCAGCAGUGAGGGUGAGGAUGAAGACAGUGAGAAGGARGAUAAAGAAGGGGAGAGCAGCAUUCCUGAAAGUGUGGGCGAGGUGGAGCUCAGCAGCGAUGGCAGCGCUGUCAACACAGGUCCCAAGGGAGUCAUUAAUGACUGGCGAAGAUUCAAACAGCUGGAAACAGAGCAGCGGCAGGAGCAGCGCAGGGAGAUGGAGCGGCUCAUCAAGAAAUUGUCCAUGACCUGCAGGUCUCACCUGGAUGACGAGGCUGAUAAGCAGAAGCAGAAAGAGCUUCAGGAAAAAAUCAAUGGGAAGAUGACUUUACAAGAAUAUAACAUGAUCCACAACGAUGAGGACGAUGAGGAGUUCUUGCAGCGCUACAGGAAACAGCGGAUGGAGGAGAUGAGGCAGCAGUUGUACAGUGGGCAGCAAUUCAAGCAGGUGUUUGAGAUCACCAGUGGAGAAGCAUUUCUGGACACCGUGGACAAAGAGCAYAAGAGCACACUGAUCAUGAUCCAUAUUUAUGAAGAUGAUAUCCCUGGCACAGAAUCCCUGAACGGCUGCAUGAUCUGCCUGGCUGCCGAGUACCCAGCAGUGAAGUUUUGCAGAGUGAAGAGCUCACUCAUUGGUGCCAGCAGUCGCUUCACUAACAAUGCUCUGCCAGCUCUGCUGGUCUACAAGGCCGGGGAGCUCAUUGGCAAUUUCGUGCGCAUCACUGACCAGCUUGGAGAAGAUUUUUUUGCUGUAGACCUGGAGGCUUUUCUGCAGGAGUGUGGCUUGCUGCCAGAAAAAGACCUGCUGCUCCUGACUUCUAUACAUAAUCCAUCUGCCUGUUACAGUGAAGACAGUGAUCUGGAAAUAGACUGAACCGUUUAUGCCAAGGGCCCGUAGGUGUAGUUGUGCUGUGGGAUGUUCUUGUGCUAGGGAUUGUUCUCUCUCCUCCCUCGUGUGAGUAUGUAUUCCUCCCCUUCAUGCAUUUCGACUUUUCCUCGUUAAAAGUAACAAGGAAUUCCUAACAUUUUCUUAAAUUAAUUCUCUAUGUACAACUAAAACAGUCUCAUUUCUAUGCAAUUCACGUGUAUUUUACUUACCACAAAGUUCUGACACAAUCCAGUAAGUUUAGGAAAUUGUCUGUUGUCAUGUCUCAUUGUGUUGUCAUGUCUCACAUGUKUCAAUUGAGGUGUGGCCACCAGCUCCCUAAGACAAGAACUGAGACUGCAAAUAAAGGCAUUUUAAAAACUCGAGACUUACUAACCUGGUGCUGAACUGCUCCAGUUAACAGUCCACAAUUUGUAGUCUCCUUCUUGGGAGUAUCUUCUUCUAACACUUGGCCUUAAGUUUUUGUUCCUUUCUCACAAAAAUAGCGACAACCCCUGGCUUCAUCCUGAAAAUUGCUUUGCAGCUGGAGAGAGUUCUUCCUCCCUUAACCUUCCCUGAGACACAAAUGCAAUUACAGCUCUUAAUACAUUCUUGGGUUUUAGAAUACCCAUCCUUGGAGUUCCUAGUAGUCACUUCAUCAGAAAAUGAGCUCUGCCUCUUCAGAGAGACAGUCUGCUACAAAGAGCUCCAGCAUGUGUGCUGAACAGCAGCAAGGAGAAUUUUGUUGGCAAAAUGCAGAAUUAGGACUUAAAUAACCUCAGAAUUUCAUCUCUYGCUGAAAUUACUAAAUCAGUGCUGAAGUUCUUUUCUGUCUGCCUUCAGUAGUAGUAAGUAGACURUCAUUACCUAAAUACAUGACCCAGUGUAAUGCCAUGUUUAAUGAUUCCAUUUAAUUGCAAUUUUUAUGUAAAGCACUUUGAAACACCAGGAAGAAAUGCAAAUGUAUCUGUGGAUCUUAAUAGAAUCUUAAUAAGAAUGGAUCUUGGACUAGGAAAAGGAGAAUUUCUAACUGUAUCUAUUUGAACUGUGUUUUAAAAAGUAGUAUGAGCAGAAAAAUAAAUAAUCUGUAAUUUAAAAUGACUGAGUUGGCACAAAUUGUAGAUGUUUUAAGGAAACUGGCAGAAAUCCAGGUUUUCAAAUGUGGUGAGAGAUUAUUUCUUUUCAUAUCAGAACUGCAGAAAAUAAACCCAUGUAAGUUAUAUGAAAUUGAAUCACUGAGUAUGGAUAUCAGCACAUUUGAGGAAAAUACCAAAGUAACUGUAACUUACAUCCAGGAUGAGAUUCAGUGAAGUCUGUCGUGCAGACWAGGGUGCAUUUUAGCAUCAUCAUAAAACCUUUCUUGGAGAGGGGAUCAAGGGAGAGCUGUCUGCUUGAAUUGCUUUGAAGUUUUAUUUUUAUAAAGUGUUUUUUUUUUCCCUCCUGUGGCAGCAAAACUGUAACAAGAUCAAACCCUCUCCUGCUGCUCUGUGUCCAGUGGCCUGGGGCAAGGUGACUCCUGGUGAGGAACCUCCUGUGCYCAGGUAUGGGAGAGGURGUUUGCAGUGCCAGUAGCAAAAAGKAGAAGAAAAAAGCUCUGAAUCCAAUUAAUCAUUGAUGUGGAAGAAUACAACAAGCACGAGGGAGYGAGGGGAAAGAAAAUGUGCCCUAACCCUGCUGCUUGUUCGUGYGCAGGCCGCGUGGCUGGGAGAGGGGAGACAAGGCUGAGCUGGGAAAAAAAGCUGCUGCUGCUUUUGCCCUUUCUUGAAGCUGAAUUUUCAAGGAGUUCUAUAAAUAGGAGUUGAAAAAGCACUUGUCAGGUAGGUGUGCUGCCUCUGGGGAAUGUUUUGUUUGGGAAGGAGCAGCGCAGUGCAGGAGGCAGCUGGCAAGGACGGGUGUUACAGACCCUCCCUGUUCCUCCAUGGGAUCACCUGGGUUUGCUCMCAGUUAAUGAUGUUCCCGUACAAACAGCAGGGUUUGAGUGCACAGGGAAGCACUCAUGGCUGCUUGGUGAGGCAGGGAUGAAAUCCCAGGAUGAGCUCAAUAUGGACAUUUAAUCCUGGUGCCAGCAUGGGUGCCAGGCUGUACAGAACAAAAUUCAUUAAAGAAGAGGUUA